GGACCCGCUCGAUCAGGCGCGAGGGGCCGCCGGUGUGUCAAGUCCUCCGACCGCCUUAGGCGGUGUCCGCCGUGCGCGCCGCCCGCCCUCUAGCCCGCCUGCCCGCCCGCGGCUCCAGGGUCCUCGUCGCGGCCUCCCAGUCCGCGCGGCUGUCCCGGGCUCCGCGAGCUACCCGGGACCUUGCGCCCGCGAGCUUUCUUGGCGCCCGACGGGGCCGCCUCGGGCCAUGGUGCCGUCCCAGGAGGAGCCCGCCGCCGAGAGGGAGACGAACGAGGCGCAGCCGCCUGGGCCCGCGCCCUCGGAUGACGCUCCGCUGCCCGACCGGGGACCCUCGGAUGUCUCCGACGUGGCCGCAGAGAAAGUGGAGGUGGAGCUGACGAGGUCAACGGGCAACGAGCCCCCCGUGCCCCCCGAGGGCGGCUGGGGCUGGGUGGUGAUGCUGGCGGCCAUGUGGUGCAACGGGUCGGUGUUUGGCAUCCAGAACGCCUACGGGGUGCUCUUCGUGUCCAUGCUGGACACCUUCAGGGCCAAGGACGAUGACAACAUGGCCUUCAAGACAGCGUGGGUAGGCUCGCUGUCCAUGGGCAUGAUCUUCUUCUGCUGCCCCAUAGUGAGCGUCUUCACAGACAUCUUUGGUUGCCGGAGGACAGCUGUCGUGGGUGCAGCUGUGGGAUUCAUUGGACUCAUGUCCAGUUCUUUCGUAAGCUCCAUCGAGCCCCUGUACUUCACCUAUGGAAUCAUAUUUGCCUGCGGCUGCUCCUUUGCCUACCAGCCGUCACUGGUCAUUUUGGGACACUACUUCAAGAAGCGCCUUGGACUAGUCAACGGCAUCGUCACAGCCGGCAGCAGCGUCUUCACAAUCCUGCUCCCUUUGCUGUUAGGGAACCUGGUCAAAAGUGUGGACUUCUUUAACACCCUGCGAGUCCUCUGCGUCUUCAUGUUUGUUCUCUUUCUGGCUGGUUUUACCUACCGACCUCUUGUUCCCAGCACCAAAGAGAAAGAGAGCGGGGGCAGCAGGAGCGCCUCCUUUUCCAGGAGAAAGUUCAGCCCUCCAAAAAAAAUCUUCAACUUUGCCCUCUUCAAGGAGACAGCCUAUGCAGUGUGGGCUGCUGGGAUACCACUUGCCCUUUUUGGAUACUUUGUGCCUUAUGUUCACUUGAUGAACCAUGCAAAGAAAAGGUUUCAAGAUGUAAACAACAAGGAGGUGCUUUUUAUGUGCAUUGGCAUCACUUCAGGAGUUGGACGGCUUCUCUUUGGCCGCAUCGCAGACUAUUUGCCUGGUGUGAAGAAGGUCUAUUUGCAGGUCCUCUCCUUCUUCUUCAUUGGCCUGAUGUCCAUGAUGAUUCCUCUGUGCAACGUCUUUGGAGCCCUCAUUGCUGUCUGCCUCAUCAUGGGUCUCUUUGAUGGAUGCUUCAUUUCGAUCAUGGCGCCCAUUGCCUUUGAGUUAGUUGGUCCUCAGGAUGCUUCCCAAGCAAUUGGAUUUCUACUUGGAUUCAUGUCUAUACCCAUGACUGUAGGUCCUCCUAUUGCAGGCUUACUUCAUGACAAGCUGGGCUCUUAUGACGUGGCCUUUUACCUUGCGGGCGUCCCUCCCUUCGUUGGGGGUGUUGUGCUCUGUUUAAUUCCGUGGAUCCACAGCAAGAAGCAAAGAGAAAUCAGGAAAAAUGCCGGAGGAGAGAAGAUGGAGAAAAUGCUGGAGAACCAGAACUCUCUGCUGUCGGGCUCAUCUGGAAUCUUCAAAAAGGACUCCGACUCUAUCAUUUAGUGCCGCACAGAGCUCCACCUGACUGUAUUUGCUUUUGAAUUUUAAGCCAGUUUUCCUUUUAUAUGAAUUGCAGAUUUCUUAUUUUUUUAAUCAUCCUUGGAAUAGCACAAACAGGACGUGAGCCCUUUAUCCUGACAGGAGCCAUCUCUCUCCCAAGAAGCUUUGGUAUUCCCACGAGUCGAGGCGACUGUGUUAACAGACAAGCAUGUCUGGAAAUCCAUGGUGAGCGUUCAAAGCUCUCAGUAAGGAGCAGCCUUGGAAGCCUCAGGUGCCGUGGGCUGCAGUGUGCUCGGAGCUGCGCUGGGUCGUCGGCAGCCCUGCGCUCCACACUGGAAGCAUGUGGCUGCUCCAUUUAGUGUCUUUUGUUCCAAUGUGUUACUUUCUCCUUCUUUUUGGAACUUUUUGCAAAAUUUAAGCCUGGAUCCUAGAUAAUGAGAGGCCAACCUAAACCUCAAGUCUGUUAAAUGAUUUAAACUAUGAAAUUAGGAGAUUCUUACAUGCUGCAGUCAAGGGACCUCCAGGGAGCAGGAGAUGCUCCUGCCGUGGACUGGGAGGUAGAAAGGUCCUCUCGGGGACAGCAAUCGGGUGUUUCCUCCACUAACCUUUGUUCCCUUUGGUUUGUAGUGUGUUUUACUCCAGUGGCCAGAAACACCCCAAAUUUCUGAUUUUGUAUAAACAAUAAAGUGAAGUA